AUGAUCCGCCACGGCGCGCAGUGCAUUUUCUCCAGCCGGGAUAGUGAUAUUACUGACGAAGAUAUUGAUGCAUUGUUGGCCAAAGGAGAAGCCAAGACGGAAGCGUUAAAUAAGAAGCUGGAGACUGUGGGAGAAGACACCUUGAAAACUUUCCCUCUGGACUAUGACGCCGGGCCGUCUGUGUAUCAGUUUGAAGGACAAAAUUACCGUGGCAAACGGCAGGAUCUCAUCUUACCAGCCACAUGGAUCGAACCGCCAAAACGAGAACAAAAGUUAAUUAUGCUGUUGACCAGUAUUAACGGGAUGCCCUUCGCCGCGAAGAGCCUAAAAACCCAAGAUUCACGCCUUCUCCCUCCAAAACGUUUGUUGGAUUUAUUAGAACGGGAAAGAUUAGCCUACCAACGAGCUAUAAACUACCGUACUCCUCUCGAUCCAGAUCCAGAUGAAGAUGUGGCGGAAGUCAAACGAGUGGAACAACAGGACAAAAUAGGCACAGCCGAAGCCGUGACAGAGCAAGGAAUGGAGGAGAAGGAUCGGCUGCUGGACAAGAGUUUUGACUGGAGCAAAAAGCAUUUUAAGAAUUUCCUUUUUGGCUAA